UUUAAAUAUUUGAGAUACAGAUGACCGUUGAAUGUUAUAUUUUUGUUCUUAGAAAAAUAUUUAAAAGCAUAAUUUAGUAUUGUCAUUUUUUAUUAAGAAUAUUCUGAUAUCUAUCAUAAGAUCAUAAAAUCAAUUUAUCUAGUCAGUUAGAAAUAUACAGAAUAACGAUGAACGAAAAAGCCAAAGAAGAUCUCAAUAAAGCAAAAAAGCACAAAAAAAUGCCUCCUCCACCUCCAGUGAAACAUACCUUGACUAGCUAUAGGCGAAUGCUGAAAGCCAAUCCACUUCUGCAACUGGAACAAGCUGGUAUCAAUAUUGAUCAAGUCAUGACUCAAAAAUCUCUUGACUCACUCAGUCAUCAUGUCUUAAAGAACAAUGCAGAAAAUAUGCCUGGUAAUGGUAAGAGUAGUUUAGCACUGCAAAGGCCUCCACCACAGCCCCUAUUAAAAAGAACACAAUCCCUAAAAUUUUCCAAACCACAAGGGAGACCUUUUAUGCAGCCAAAAACUCAGCUUUUACAAACAAAACCUACAAAAGAAACAGGCUCAAAUAAAUUGCAACAAGGGACAAAACCAAAACCAAUGAUGCCCCCCAAAAUUCAAGUUCCAAAACUAAAUCAAUCGAGAUCAGAAGAGAACUUAUAUGUUCCCACACCUCAUUUUCCAGAAUUUUCACCAAUAAGGGGCGACUCAGAAAAUAAAUGUAAAGGAUUUGUAUUUAAGACCCCAAUGGCAUAUGAUCGACGCAGUAUUCAUCAAGCCACACCAUUUUCAGAAAAAAAGGCUAGAGUCAGUUUAUUUCAGGCUUCUACUCCUGCCCCAUUAGAAUUAAGUAGAUUGCAGGAAAGACUUGAUAAAUGGCUUGCGAAAAGGGGUAAGCCUCCAGCUCAACUAAGUUGCUUUAGAGUUUUCAGUUCAACUGAUGUAAACCCCAAUAACACUGUAGCACAAUCCAAUUGUUUAGAAGAUGAUGAAAAUAAGGAAAACAUUGAGAAAAUACCGAGUACAUCUAACAGCUAUGAGGAUUUAGGCAUCAUUGGUCAGACAGAUGAUGCUAAAUCAAAUGCUAAAAAAGGCGAAGAAAUGAAAAAUAAAAAUCGAAUUUCUGAAGAGGAAAUAACUAAAUAUGCAAAAGAGGCUAUGGUUGAGCUUCAAAAAUUAAUUGAGGAGAAUUACCCCCGAAACCAGUGUUUGGGUUGGCUUGAACUAAUACGCGAUAAAUAUGAUAAGAUCGAGGAUGAACCAGAAUAUUGGGAGUGUCGCGCCGCCAUCGAAAGGUCUGCCGGUAACGUUCACCAGGCCGUUGAGUAUUACAAAACUGCCAUAAUACAAGGAGCUGAGGUAACAACAGUGGAUAAAUCUCUGGACCAAUUACUAGAGAAGUUCAGUCUGAUGAAUAUUAGUACAGACAAUAACAAACCGGAUCGACAACGCGAGCGUAUAGUUCGCGAAGCGCGUGAAACCUUUAAAUCUACCAUAAUCCAGUUCGCAAUAAUGCAGCGUAAUACAAUAAAAGGCAAGCCAGAAACUAAGAAAUUCGUAGUUACUCCGGUUAGACGUAGCACCAGAUUGUCUCGCUCUGGAUACGUGAAUACAACAGGUAUAAAACUAUGUUCAUCACUUAAAGAUUUAUCUUCGGAAGAUAUUGAGUUUAAAAAAAAUAAGGCUCUGUGUUAGUUUUAAGGAUUUGUAUUUAUGCAUGUAUUUUUAUUAUUUAAACUAAAAAAUGUGUUAUAGGAUUAAGUAAGCUUCCGGUUACUAAUUGUUAUACAAAUUUUACUUUUUUAUAUUGAUCCAAUAAAUUUUUUAUGAAUUUUUAAAGAAACAUUACAUUUUUAAUAAAAGUAAUUAAUAAAUAAUUUUUAGUAAAUUUA